UACAAAUCAGUUAAUGUUGAAUUAUACGAAGUUUUACUAAGGCGUGUGUUUAAAAUGUAAAAAUUGCAAUAUACCAUAAUAUUUACUAGUGCUAAAAUAUGUAAAUUAUUUGUUGAUAAAAAAUUAUUGUUUUUACGUUAAGACUGUCCUGAAAAGAUGCAUCGUAGUAAAUAUUGACAUAGUUCCAGAUCGCUUAUUGGAAUUAGAAGUGACGUGUAAACCAAUAAGCAUCAGUGGCUCUAAACAGGGCAUUAAAUAAUUGAUUUUAAGACAUUGUUUAUCAGAUAUAUUGCGGCAAUUGAUGACAUUCUACUAUGGGGAAACUACUUUCUAAAAUUUUUGGCAACAAGGAAAUGCGGAUUCUGAUGCUUGGCCUAGAUGCGGCGGGGAAAACAACAAUUCUUUAUAAGCUGAAGUUGGGGCAAUCCGUUACGACGAUUCCAACAGUAGGAUUUAACGUUGAGACUGUAACCUACAAAAAUGUUAAAUUCAAUGUUUGGGAUGUGGGUGGCCAGGAUAAAAUUCGACCUCUUUGGCGACAUUACUAUACAGGUACACAAGGGUUGAUAUUUGUUGUUGAUUGCGCUGAUCGGGAUCGAAUAGAUGAAGCACGAACGGAACUUCAUAGAAUAAUUAAUGAUAGAGAAAUGAGAGACGCCAUUAUUCUGAUAUUUGCAAAUAAGCAGGAUCUAGCAGACGCAAUGAAACCACAUGAAAUUCAGGAGAAACUAGGCUUAACUAGAAUAAGGGAUCGGAAUUGGUAUGUUCAACCAUCGUGUGCAACCACAGGAGAUGGGCUUUAUGAAGGUUUAACAUGGCUUACUUCCAAUCAUAAAUUAUGAAAUAUCUUAAACAUUAAUUAGAUAAUUCUAUAUAAGAUACACAUGCUUACCAUGCUUUUUAGCAAACGAACAACAACAGUAGCAAUAAGAAAAUUUUGUAAAUUAUAUUUAAUAACUAAUUAGAAGGAAGUUUGUUUGAUUAUAUAUACGUUAAAAAUAUAAGUUACAUA